AUGCAUCGGAUUCUACGCCACACGCUCAUUAUCGCGAUAGUUUCCACCACAGUCUUUACCGGCUCAGUCUCAGCCUCUGCUCAGCGCACAAGAGAGAACGAAGUUGACAGGAUCCAAAACUCAAACUCGGAGGAUGUUCAGCAGCGCCAAUGGCUCCCUCAACGCGGAGUGUGCGGCACAGAAGAACCAAGCUCACAGCUGAAAGAUGCUCAUAAGCGUUUGUCCCUGACGGAAUAUCGACAUGCAGAAGACGGAAGUGUUGAUGGCAAUGCUAGUCGGGCUACUGCCGAGUCAUUGCCGCGGAUCUAUGUCGAUACGUGGUUCCACGUUGUUAGCACAAGUGAACAGGUUGACUUGGUGACGAAUUCUAUGAUUGCUUCUCAGUUCAUGUAUCUCCAACAAGCAUACCAAAAUACGAGUAUACAUUAUAACCUCGUGGGUGUAGAUCGCAGUAUCAACGACAUCUGGGCGCGAAACGGGGAUUCGGCGGCUAUGAAACGGACUCUGCGCAAAGGCUCAUAUAGUACACUGAAUAUCUAUUUCCAGACGAAUCUUGAGGUGUCAGAUCCUGCAGGGGCCAGUUCCCGACUUGGUGCCCCCUUCGAACAUCACCAUCAGCAUCAAGGCCACAAUCUUCACGAGAGAGAUGUAAAAUCAUCCUCGUCACCAAAUCUGCUCGGCUUCUGCACCCUUCCAAACCCCGAUAUCACCAGCACCAGCUCUUUCGAUGAAUACUUCAACGAUGGCUGCAAUAUUCUUGCCUCUACGAUGACCGGUGGUUCAAUUGAGCAUUACAACCGCGGUGGCACCACAGUUCACGAAGUAGGUCACUGGCACGGGUUGCUACACACAUUCCAAGACCAGACUUGCGCUCCGGGUGCAAAUGGGGAUUUCAUUUCCGAUACGCCGCAACAAUCAACGCCAACGGAGGGAUGUCCUGCCUCAAAAGACUCAUGUCCAAACUUACCGGGAUUGGAUCCUAUUUCAAAUUUUAUGGACUAUUCUUCGGAUGACUGUUAUCAGAAUUUUACGAAGGAGCAGGCUAUGAGGAUGAGGAGUAUGUGGUCGACGAUGAGGGAAGGAAAGUAG